AUGGCCAUUGACGCUGAGGACACCCCGGGCCACGUGGAUUUCACCUAUGAGGUGAGCCGCUCGCUGGCGGCCUGCGAGGGAGCCCUGCUGGUGGUAGAUGCCACCCAGGGGGUGCAGGCUCAAACCAUUGCGAACGUCACACUGGCACUGGAGGCCGAUUUAGAGAUUGUUCCUGUCCUGAACAAGGUGGAUUUGCCCAGUGCCGAUCCAGAUCGAGUUUGCAAAGAAAUUGAAGAUGUGGUUGGCAUCGACUGCAGCAACGCGCUGCUGUGCUCGGCAAAGACGGGACAGGGAGUGCCUGAGAUCAUCAAGAGUAUCAUCGAAAAUGUGCCAGCGCCGCACAUGGAUGAAAAGCACGAAAAGAUGCGUCUCUUAGUCUUCGACAGUUUUUACGACAACUACAGAGGUGUCAUCGCCAUGUUUCGCGUGGUCGACGGCAGCAUCUCUAAAGGACAGAAGAUCCGAUUCAAGGCUUCGGGGAAAGAGUUCAUUGUGAGCGCCCUUGCAUUUAGGGUCGCCAGCACCCGGAAACCCGUGCAGAAGUUGAGCGUGGGCGAAGUUGGCUACGUCUGUGCCAACAUCAAGAGCGUGGGUGAUGCGCGUGUGGGUGACACCAUCAUCGAAGCUGGCAGCGAAAACGAGAUCGAGGCUCUGCCAGGAUAUACCGAGGCCACGCCAAUGGUUUUUUGUGGUCUUUUUCCCGCCGAGUCGGGGGAAUUUGACAACAUGAAGACUGCCUUUGAGCGCCUCUCGCUGAACGAUGCCGCCCUCUUCUACGAACCGGAGAAUUCUGUCGCCUUGGGCCUGGGUUUUCGAUGCGGUUUCUUGGGAGUUCUGCACAUGGAGGUUAUCAAGGAUCGUUUGGAGCGCGAGUAUGACUUGGAGCUGAUUGUGACAGCCCCUUCAGUCGAAUAUCAGAUUCAGAUGAAAGACGGCACAGAGAGCACCAUUCAGUUCGCGAACAUGCUGCCUCCUCCUCACCAAGUGGCAGAGAUUCGGGAACCCUACUGUUUGUUGGAGAUGAUCGUCCCAGAGGAUCACAUGGGCGCCUGCAUGGAGCUGGCCACGCAGCGGCGAGGCAUCUACAGGACAACGAGCUUCCUCACACAGGGACGAGCUCUCUUGGAAUAUGAGAUGCCCAUGGCCGAGAUGAUCCGAGACUUCUUCGCGGAGCUCAAAAGCCGUUCUCGAGGCUAUGCUUCCAUGGACUAUCGGGUUCUGGACUACAGGAACAACGACUUGGUGAAACUGGAGGUGGACAUCAAUCAGACCACCGCCAACCCCCUGGCUCAGAUUGUGCAUCGCUCGCGGGCCUUGGAGUUCGCCAAGAAGAUCACAGCCAUUUUGCAGGAGAAUAUUCCGGCGCAGCAGAUCAAGGUUAUCAUUCAAGCACGCAUUGGUACGCACAUCGUGUCUUCCCGGACCAUCAAAGCGGUGCGAAAAGAUGUCUUAGCCAAGUGCUACGGCGGCGACAUUUCUCGCAAGAAGAAGCUGCUGCAGAAACAGGCUGCGGGCAAGAAGAGGAUGCAAGCCAUUGGCAAAGUGAACGUUCCCUCUGAAGCUAUCUUAGCGGUCAUCAAAAACACCUGAGUUGUUCAAGGCCGAAGACCAGUCUCCGAACACCGCUGCCGGGCUGUUGCGAUCGCAAGCUGUAGUGGAUCCAAGGAGAUCCUGUCAAACCGUCUCAUGGGGCUGUCAUGUUAUUCCCAC